CUCGCCCGACUCCCUUUGCUUCCCCUCCCCACCUUCCCCCGCUCCCCUCCAUCGAUCCGCGCACGCCAGCCGCCUCCGCCGGAUCCCCUCCAGCAGCGCCGCCCCUCCCCCGAAUCCGCCGGAGCCCAGACGCCCGCCAUGAGCGCCUCCGAGUACGACUACCUCUUCAAGCUGCUCCUCAUCGGCGACUCCUCCGUCGGCAAGUCCUGCCUCCUCCUCCGCUUCGCCGACGACGCGUACGUCGACACCUACAUCAGCACCAUCGGCGUCGAUUUCAAAAUCCGGACCGUCGAGCUCGAUGGCAAGUCGGUGAAGCUGCAGAUUUGGGACACAGCAGGCCAAGAAAGGUUCAGGACAAUAACAAGCAGUUACUACCGGGGAGCGCAUGGAAUCAUUAUCGUAUAUGACGUGACAGAUAGGGAAAGCUUCAACAAUGUCAAGCAGUGGUUGAGUGAGAUUGAUAGGUAUGCCAGUGACAGUGUGUGCAAGCUUCUAGUGGGGAACAAAUGUGAUUUGGUUGACAGUAAGGUCGUCGAUACAGAGGAGGCCAAGGCUUUUGCAGAAUCGUUGGGAAUGAAUUUUCUUGAGACAAGUGCAAAGGAAGCCAUCAAUGUGGAGACAGCUUUCUUAACCAUGUCAUCAGAAAUCAAGAACAAGAUGGCGAGCCAACCUGCGGUGGAGAGGAAAUCGACGGUCCAUGUUCACAUGAAAGGGCAGCCCAUACAGCAGCAGAACAGCAGCUGCUGCUCCUCAUAAGCUCAGCAAGGCACCAUUCAUACACCUCAGGGCUGGAGAAGGCGGUGAAUUGGACAUACUGAAUACAGAACUUGUAUAAAACAGAACCUGUGUUACUGCUUACUAGUGUUUAAUAUACCCCGUCGCAGUUUGAGUUUGUUGUUAUGCAUCGUCAGUGUUUUAGGCGCAUUUGAUGGAUCUUAGGUUACAACAAAAUUGCAUUAUGGUUAACCCAAGCUUGUCGAUCAUCAUCCUGUCGUCUUUCAGAAAAGGAUCAUAGUGUUGCUGAUUAUCUGGAGUUUGUCUUUAGUCACUACUUUGUAACAGAAGUUGUAUGAAAAUAUGAUUAGUUCAAAUAUGAUUAUCUGGAGUUUUCCUA